AUCUCCCCAGCUCUGUGUUUCAUCACAUGAGGUUGCCUGGCUUUCAGUUUAUCAACAGAACAAAUUUCAUCCAAGUCACUGCAGAAGGAGAGAGAUCUUGCAAGAAAACUGCAUUGAAUCUGAAUGCCAACUCUCUAUAAAGGAAGAGACAAGACAGGAAGUAGAGAACAAAGAAUGAGGAAAAAGCAGAAGAAACAGCAACAAAGUCUUCAGAAUGCGCCACAGAUUCCUGGCAUUCAAGUUCCUCCUUUGGUGUCUAACACUGCCUUUCUGAAGGACCUAACCCCAGGGCAGAGGCGCUACUUCUACAGCACCAUGAUGAUUUACAACCCCUGGCCCCAGUGGAAGGCCCUACAGAGCCGCUACAUGCACAGUCUUCAGCACCACCAGCAGCUUGGCUACAUUACUCAACAGGAAGUUUUGGCUUGUGUUGCUGUGCUUAGAGAUUCAACCACGAGAGCUUCAGGCAAAGUGUUUCCUCAAAGAACCAGCUCCAGAAAGGCUUCAGCAAUGACAAGAACCAGUGUAUCAGCCCUACCUGCAUCUGUGGUUCUAAGCCAGGCUCACAGCGCAGGACUCAGAUCCUCUAGGAGCCAAGUGCUUACAAAGCACUGAGUACCCCUGGCAUCUAGUGCAUUUUUGUUGAAUGUAAAUGAAUAGUAAGCAAGUCCCACCCUUAGAAUCUCUCUCCCCCACUCCACUAAAUUUUAGCCAGCAAGAACAAGUUGAAAAGUUUAAGAGUGAGGGAGCUAAAAAUAAACAAGCCUUUCACUCCACAUAUAAUUUAUAGAGCAAAAUGACUUAUGAAGCUUUCAAAAUAUAAAUGUAUUUUAAAUUAGCACCUUUCAGAGAAGUCCCAAGAACAAAGAAAGGGCACAAGACAUCAAAGGACGCUGGGUCCUCUGUCACUGUAAGCUAUCUACUCAAUACCAAGUUCAUAGUGAGCUUAUAGGAAUUCCAGAAUCGUGUCAUUUCAGCAGCAACUAGACUGCUUUCCAUGCCUCUUUCUCUUCUUCCCACUAAACAGUACCACUCAGUGACCCAAAAUAUUCUAGCUCUUGCCUGACUCAAUCCCUUUGCAUUGUCCACCAGCAUGUUAACUAUCAGGCUCAGGCAAAAAAUUUAAAUGUCAAGAGCCCCUUGGAACAUAUCUAGAAUAUUUUCCUAACUUCUUCCCACACAUCUGCUCUAUCCCUACCUUUCGGUCCCUGUUUACUAUACAAUUCGUCCUGCUUUAUAUCUUUUUUUCCUUAUGAAGGGAUUAAUGGUUUACAGUUAUCAGUAAAAUACAGUAGUUCAUACAUGUGUAAUAUUUCUCAGUUUUCCACAUAAUAAUUCAACUCCUACUAGGUCCUCCUCCACUAUUUUGUUCCAGGACUUGAGCCCUCCCUUACCCCGCAAAGUCUUUUACUUUGAUGCAAUACACCAAACCCAGUCCAAGUUCUGCUUUGUGUUUUCUUAUUUUUCAACUUUUUUAUUAUUAGUGAUUUAAUAAUGAUCGACAAGAUUGUGGGAUAAGAGGGGUACAAUUCAUACAAUUCCCACCACCAGAGUGACAUAUUCCAUACCCUCCACUGGAAGCUUCCCUUUUCUUUAUCCCUCUGGGAGUAUGCACCAAAAAUCUCUCUGAGGCACGGAAGGUCAGAGGUCUGACUUCUGUAAUUGCUUCUCUGGUGGACAUGGGUAUUGACAGGUCAAUCCAUCCAUUCCCCCAGCCUGUCUCUACCUUUCCCUAGUGGGGUAGGGCUCUGGGAAGUUGGGGUUCCAGGACACAUUGGUGAGGUCAUCUGCCCAGUGAAGGCAGGCAAGCAACAAGUAUUUUUCAACUUCUGUAUAUGGGUGAGAUUAUCCCAUAUUCACCUUUAUGUUUCUGGCUUAUCUCACCUAACAUGAUUCCAUAAAGCUCCAUCCAAGAUGAAGUGAAUAAAGUGAAAUCGCCAUUUUAAUAGCUGAAUAAUAUUCAUUGUGUAUAUAUACUACAACUUCCUCAGCCACUCAUCUGUUGUUGGACACCUGGGUUGCUUCCAGGUUUUGGCUAUUACAAAUUGUGCUGCUAUGAACAUAGGUGUACGCAAAUCUUUUUGGACAGGUGGUUUUGGUUCCUUCUGCUUUAUAUCUUAGCACCUUUCAGCCACCAAACUGCAAACACUACUAUGAUGCCAUCCUGAUUUCACUGGGCAGACGACCUCAUCAAGGUGUCCUGAAACCUCACCUCUCCAGAGCUCUACCCUAUUAGAGAAAGAUAGAAACAGGUUAGGGAUAUAGAUGGACAUGCCAGUGCCCAUAUCCAGUGGAGAAGCUAUUACAGAAGCCAGAACUCCCACCUUCCAAUAAGGAAUUUUGGUCGGGGGUCGGGUGGUGGCACACCUGGUUAAGUGCACGUAUUGCAAUGUUCAAGGACCCAGGUUUGAGGCCCCGGUCCCCACCUGCAGGGGGAAAGCUUCAUGAGUGGUGAAGCAGGGCUGCAGGUGUCUCUCUGUCUCUCCCCCUCUUUAUCACCCCCUUCCCUUCUGAUUUCUGGCUGUCUCUAUCCAAUAAAUAAAGAUAAUAAAAAAAUUUUCAAAAAAAAAAAAAAAUUUUGGUCAUACUCCCAGAGAGACAUAAAGAAAAGGGAAGCUUCUGGGACUGAGUGGUGGCUGAACUGAUUGAGCGUACAUGUUACAAUGCAGAAGGACCUGAGUUUGAGCUCCCGGUCCACACCUGCAAGGCGGAAAGCUUUGCAAGUGGUGAAGAAGUGCUGCAGAUGUCUCUCUGUCUCUCUCCCUAUCUCCCCUUGCCCUCUCAAUUUCUAGCUGUCUCUAUCCAAUAAAUAAAGAAAGAAAAAAAUAGGGAAGCUUCCAAUAGAGGGGCUAGGACACUUAUCUCUGAUGGUGGGAAGAGUGGGGCAUUGUACCCUUAUUAUCUUACAAUCUUGUUAAUCAUUAUUAGAAAAUUCAAAAUAAAUAAAUAAAAUGUAAACAGACUCUCAAAAAACACCUUGUUUUUAUCAGUCUGUAACAGCUGAAAUCUUUGUACACAACCGUAGUCGACCUUGACCCAGGUGAGAGAAUUCAGACACAUGCCUUCCCCUGGCAGCUGAGGAUGCUUUUACAGCAGAACAAAAAACAACCACAGAGACCUGAUCUCAAGUGUGACCUUUCUAUAGCCUGAACAAGUCUAAUUAAAGCAUUUAAGUAAGAAGGUGGGGGGGGGGGAGGAGACAGCUGUGGUUAGAUUGUCACAUAAACAGAAUAUUAUUAUAUUGAAUACAUUUAAAAUUUAUUUUUCAUCUCCAGUAGUUUCUUGUGCUGAAAAUUAAUCACUUCUGGUGGUAGAAAGCUGGGGGAUGGAUGGGUCAGUUAGCAGAACCCAAGACUUGAAUGCCUGAGGCUUCCAGUUCCAUCCCCUGCACCAUAUGUGCCACAGUGAAGCCUUGGCUUCUCUCUUCUCUUAUAGAAAGCUCGUCUCUCUAGUGUGAUUUAAAUAAUAAACAUCUUUUAAAAAGUGAGUCAUUUGUAUUCACAUAAAGUCAACAUUUAAAAUGACUUUUUGUCAUUUUUGUUUUAAGUGUUCAACUACUUGUUGCAUUCAGAUCAGCCACUAACUUUGUGAUGCUCAUGAUAGGAAUUUUUUUUUUGCCUCCAGGGUUAUUGCUGGAGCUCAGUGCCUGUGCGCUAUGAGUCCACCGCUCCUGGAGGCCAUUUGUUUCCCAUUUUUGUUGCCCUUGUUGUUAUUGCUGUUGGAUAGGACAGAGAGAAAUCAAGAGAGGAGGGAAAGACAGAGAGGAGGAGAGAAAGAUAGACACCUGCAGACCUGCUUCACCACUUGUGAGGCGACCCCCCUGCAGGUGGGGAGCUGGGGACUUGAAACAAGAUUCUUAUGCCAGUCCUUGCGAUUUGCACCAUGUGCGUUUAACUCACUGCACUACUGCACGGCCCCCAAUAAGAAUCUCUUGAGAAGGAAUUUACAGCUGUUUCACAAGGACUUGCUAAAAUGUACCUGAAAAGUAAACACUAUACUUUUACCAGAGAAACAAAAUAAAACUCAUUGAUGACAAUUGUUAUUUUUUUCUCUGUAACAAUAACAUAGAAAUAGGAAAGUUAUCUUAAGAUUCUGAAAAUUGUACUCGUUAUGAUGUCCUAUCUUAUUUCUAUGUGGGAAAGAGGAGGGGCUCUGUUUACCCGCUAAUCUGUCAGAAAGACUGGGAAGUGCUGGCUUCACUAUGUUCACUCAUUUAAUCAUAAAGAAAUUUCUUGGCCCCAUUGCAAAUCCUGGCCCUCACUCUUACACUCUAAGUAGUUUUACUGUUAGGAGAAAUGCCCAGCAAUAUUUUUCUGGACAAAAUCACUAGAACUUGAGGUGAUUCUGUUUUCUGAAAUAAGUAUGUAAAUGAAUAGCAACUACCAGACAGUUUUGCUCAUAUGUGGAUUAUAUAUAAGUAGGUAAAAAUAAAUAGAAGAAAAAAAAGUAACCAAACUAUGUCCUAGAAUCUGAAAACUAUGGUGGUUCUCAGAGGAAAGAAGAGGAAAGUACAGGAGCUUGGGGGGGGGGGGUUGUAUACAUGCAUAUAUAGGAGUGUAAAUUUACCCCUGAAAUCUUCUAAUUCUGUAAACCAAUAUUAAAUCACUAAUAAAAACUUCCUUAAAAGAAAGAAAAGAAAAUAAUAAAUAAAUAAAUAAACAAACAAACUGUGGGCUUGGUUGUGGCACAUAAGGACCCAGGUUCAAGAACCAGCUCUCUACCUGUAAGGGGGAGGAUUCAUGAGUGGUGAAACAGUGCUUCAGGUAUUUCUAUUUCUCUCUUCUUCUCUCUCUCUCCUUCUCUUCCAUUAUCUCUCUAUCUCUAUCAAAACGAGAAAAAAAAUGGCUUCCAGGAGGAGUGAAUUUGUCACACAAGCACCAAGCCACAGCAAUAACCUGGGGUUGGGGGUAGGAAAGUAGGUGAUAGAAAAGUUGCAAAAUGUUAGCCUCAGAAUAGGUGCUUAUAAUAUGACUGUGGUGUGUUUGUAAGAAGGCCUCAACACAGAACAGAAUAACUGAGAAUAAAGGGUUAAGAAUG